CUGUGCCCUCUCUAAAGAUGGCUGCUCUUUGCUCAAGGUCACGUCAGCCGUCGCGCCGCUGUUGGCGUCACUGGAAGGCGACCCUGUGAAAAUGUGGGUGCAGAAGGCAGCUGUGAGACAGUGGAGGACGGCUGGGUUUGUACGCCUCCUGUCCUCGCAGAGUAAGGUGCCGCAGAAUCCGACGUGGAGAAUUGAGCCCGAGCCACAAUCACAGGACAGCCAUGUCACUCCAGAGGUCAUCGAUCAUCUAGAGCGGUUAGCACUUGUAGACUUCCGGAAUCAAGAGGGAGUAAUGCGCCUGCAGAGUGCAGUUAAUUUUGCAAAUCAGCUCCACAGUGUGAACACCGAUGGCAUAGAGCCACUUGUCUCUGUGUUAGAGGACAGGGCAUUGUAUAUAAGAAGUGAUACGGUUACAUCUGGCAGUUGCUCAGAAAAACUACUUCAGAACGCCAGCUCAGUAGUUGAAGAUUAUUUUGUAGCGCCUCCAGGAAAUAUUCCCUUACCCCAGAAGGAAAAUAACUACGUAUCCUCCAAAGGAGAUGACUGAAGGGGAAAACAGGCAAAGAAUACACCUUUUGGAAAUCUCACUGUUUUAUUAGGACAGCUACAGAUGUUUACUUUAACUGAAACACUUUCAUAAUAAAAAGGAAAAAAUAAACACAUACAAACUUGA